ACCUACCAACCAAAACCAUUACACAUUUCUCAAAUCCAUCGUUGCCUCUGUCUGACUUUUUCCUCUGUGUUUCUCUUCAGCCAUGAGCUUCAUCUCCUGAGGCUAAAGAUCUCAUUUUUAGCGUUUGUGGCAUUGUCUCCUGUUAAUUCCCACCUACCAACCAAAACCAUUACACAUUUCUCAAAUCCAUCGUUGCCUCUGUCUGACUUUUUCCUCUGUGUUUCUCUUCAGCCAUGAGCUUCAUCUCCUGAGGCUAAAGAUCUCAUUUUUAGCGUUUGUGGCAUUGUCUCCUGUUAAUUCCCAUGGCCAGCGCUUCUGGACUUGUUUUUCGUCCUCCCAGAUGCUUCACUGCGAGAAAUUUUGCUCCUUUUUGUGUUUCACGAUCAGGAUUACUCCUCCGAUGCUGCGCCGCCGGGGAGCAGGCCUUAGGGGCCUCCAUUUCUAAGCCUCGAAUUCCAAGGCUUGUUGGCAUGGGUUCUAAGAUUGUUGGAUGUGGUUCUGCUGUACCAAAUCUUCUCAUCUCUAAUGAUGACCUAGCACAAAUUGUGGAAACUUCAGAUGAAUGGAUUUCAGUUCGUACAGGAAUCCGUAAUCGUCGAGUUCUUACAGGGGAUGAAACUUUGACUGGGCUGGCUGUAGAAGCAGCGAAGGGAGCGCUUCAGAUGGCUGAAGUUGAGUCCGACGAUGUUGACCUCGUCAUAAUGUGCACAUCAACUCCAGAUGAUCUUUUCGGAGGUGGUGGCCAGGUUCAAAGGGAGUUGGGGUGCAAAAAUGCAUGGACUUUUGACAUCACUGCUGCAUGUAGUGGUUUUGUUGUGGGCCUAAUUACAGCAACUCGUUUCAUUAAGGGGGGUGGCUAUCAGAAUAUCCUAGUCAUUGGUGCAGAUGCAUUAUCCAAAUAUGUGGAUUGGACUGACAGAGGUACAUGUAUUCUCUUUGGUGAUGCUGCCGGUGCUGUAUUAGUCCAGGCCUGCGCCAGUGAGGAAGAUGGGUUACUUGGAUUCAACUUGCAUAGCGAUGGCCAUGGGCAAAGGCAUCUAAAUGCCAUAGCCAAAGAUGAUAAAAAUGAGCUGACCUCAAACAUGAAUGGUGCACCACUGUUCCCUCCAAGGAAAUCAUCCUAUUCUUGCAUCCAAAUGAACGGGAAGGAAGUUUUCCGCUUUGCUGUUCGGUGUGUGCCGCAGGCUAUCGAAGCGGCACUUGAAGAAGCUGGCAUUGCUAGUUCCAGUAUAGACUGGUUGUUACUUCAUCAGGCAAAUCAACGUAUAAUAGAUGCGGUGGCAACACGGCUGCAGAUUCCAUCAGAUAGAGUCAUAGCUAAUCUGGCCAACUACGGCAAUACUAGUGCUGCAUCGAUCCCACUGGCAUUGGCUGAGGCUGUUAGGGGUGGAAGAGUGAAAGCCGGUGAUACCAUUGCGACUGCUGGCUUUGGAGCUGGACUAACAUGGGGUUCGGCAAUCAUCCGGUGGGGGUGAAACUUACUCAUGCACUGAAUGGGCAUGCUUGAUGAUAUCCUUUCAAGAUUGCUUUUUGUUCUCGCAUCACUUUGACGUAGCUUUAUGUGCUUUGUUAAGGCUAACCAUUCUUAUAUUGUCAAUGGACGCUGAGCAAUCUUACAUUAUGAGUUAUUUAUAAUAAAACAGAAAUGAAUACUUUAGCUUUU